AUGUCGGGAUCUGGUGCCUCAGGAAACAAGUUCCGUAUGUCGUUGGCCUUGCCAACCGGUGCUAUCAUGAACUGCGCAGACAACUCCGGCGCUAGAAACCUUUACGUUCUCGCCGUCAAGGGUACUGGUGCUAGAUUGAACAGAUUGCCAGCUGCCUCCGUUGGAGACAUGGUGAUGGCUACUGUGAAGAAAGGUAAGCCAGACCUCAGAAAGAAGGUUAUGCCAGCUAUCGUUGUCAGACAAUCUAAGGCAUGGAGAAGAAAGGACGGUGUGUUCUUGUACUUCGAGGACAACGCUGGUGUCAUCGUGAACCCUAAGGGAGAAAUGAAGGGUUCUGCCAUCACUGGACCUGUCGGAAAGGAGUGUGCUGACCUGUGGCCAAGAAUUGCCUCGAACUCUGCGCGCGAGCGGCUUGACGCGCUAAACGAGAUUGCCGACUCUCUGAGUCUGUCUGGGAAAGCCAAUGGCGAUCUGGUCAGACUGGCUCUGGGACUAUUUGGCUUUGUUAGCCUAGAUCUUGAGAGCUUUUCAAAAACCACAGAAUCAGAUCGAGCGUACGAUGGCUGGUUCACAAGACUGUCGCGAGCGUGCUCUUUGAUUCGCGUUGUCACGAAGGAAUUGUUUGAAAACCAGCCGAAACACAAAUUUCUACAGGCGAUCGUACUUCGUGCUAAAGACUACCUUACGCGUGGAUAUGGUACUCCCAAGGUGCUGAAACCAACGGCCGUUUCGAUGGCCACCAUCAUACGCGAUGCCGUUACUGUUCAAUGUCUAAAAGACCACCUGCUACCGGCUGAUCAUAGGUCUAUAAUAAAACAGUGCAUUUCGUGUCUCAAAGUUAACGGAUCGGAUGAUUUGGCGUUGAGAACCAUAUUAUUACAGACUAUCGCCGAGUACGUUGUUCCAGAGCGGACAUCGUCGAUGGAGCUGGUUCUGACGGAGCCAGAUCUCGCGUUCAAACCGGUUUUGGAAUUUUGCGAAGAAACGAAAGAUACAUUCUACAGAGAAACACAGGAAACGGUUUAUGUUUUGCGAAUUCUGGGCGGAAUCAUGAAAGAUUGUACCAAAAUUAGCCACGAACUGACUCUCAAGUCCUUUGAAUUGGGUGUUACGAUAGCAGAUAGAUUGAGAACCGUGAGCAUGGCCGGAAUGCAGAAAGAGUACCUCCAAUUUAUUGAAAAAAUGGGGCCGCAUAUUAGUUCCAAUUCACAACACGAACAUCUCAUCCACUCGGUUCUGUGCUCUGGGUUCCAAGUCUGCCUUGAAAAUCAUCAAUACUGCGGCCAACUUGCCGGUCCACUGUCCGAAUAUCUCAAGAUAUCUGGUUCUAACGAAAGUCAGCCAAAAAAACGGAAAAGUAUGGGGAUUUCAAAGCAGUUAUCCGAUCUUGUCAAGCAAAACACCAACCAUGGGUUCAUGGAAUGGCUUCUGCUGAAUAUCAUGGAUCUGGAUCGCAAUGUGGCGUACGUUGGACUGGUUAUUUGUUCAUUUUGGAUUAAAAAUGGAAUGCUGAAGCAGUGUACGGCAGAGAAGAAAAACCAAAUAGCCAACGACUUUUUGCAGCGCAGCCAAGUCAGAGACCCCCUUCUUAACAGAGGAUUUUUGGAAUGCCUUACCGUUUUGGAGAGUGCGCCUGAUGUCGAGCUGGAUUUCGAUACUGUGGUUGGUAUAGCUCUAGGACGAAUCAAAGACCCAAACUAUGGCAACAUGGCUUGUGCGUUGUUCACUACGGUACUUGAACACAGAAAAAAGCGUCUUAUCACCGAUUUUCGCAACUCGGUGUCUCAAUUGCAGACCAUCAUCGAUGUUCCUGAACUAAAUGGUCCAGCUACCAUCAGCCAGGAAAGCACUAAAUUUUGGAAAUGGGUGGAAUAUCUGUGCCGGCUAGGAUUUGAAGAGUAUCGCAGGUAUUUUGCUGAUGAUGGUCAACUGUUAGGUACAAAGAUCAUCAGCUGGAUGGCAUACAAAGAGUACAAACCCAAGGACGAAUCAGAACCUGUGAUUAUUGGUGGCUUUAUCAAAUGGUUGCAGACAUCAAUAAAUUUGAAACAGGAAUACUCUGAGAAGCUGAAGUACAGUCUGGGAGAGAACGGAACGAAACAUAAAGCGACAGAUACCCAGACUGUCAACUGGCUGCUUGUUCUGUACGAGCUUGGGAUUGUUGAAGAAGGCCAAUUGCUAGAGAUUGAACCUCGGCUUCUUUUUAAAUCAUCAGUUUCAACAAACAUCACACCCAACCUGGGCUGCAAACUUGAGGCUCUUCCAGAGGACCGCCUUCAAAAGAUGCUCAACAAUGUAUCUGAUUUCGACUACGAAGCGUGCGCUCAGCAAGUCCCGCCAUUGACACUGCUGGACAUUUGCGAAAGGUUUAUCACUCGAGAAGCCACCAGCCGUGACCCUUCGCUCUUCUCUAUCAUUACACCUCUCCUGAGUAACUACGAGACAAAGACCUCGGAAAGAACGAUAAUCGUCAUUUGUCGGUUCCUCAGCUACUUUCACUUUGACUACAACUCUGAAGAUUCUGUCCCUUAUUAUGUCUUACAAUAUCUAGAAGGACUUAGAGAGAAACAGAUGGUCGACACUUCCUCGGCAACGAGCAGUCUGAUCAAGUUAUAUUCUGAAGAUCCACAUCGAGCUCUGAAUGAGGACUUGCAAAAAGGACUGCUCUUUAGACUAUUUCAACAGGCUUCCUGCUACGUGAAACUGGAAACAGUCUCCAGCCUCAGCAAUCUCAUGAGCGCCUAUUCGAUGGACUACUACUCGAAACUCAUGGAUUGUUUCCGCCUUGAGGAAGGAAGCCUUGAGAACAGAAUGGUUUUCUGUGAGUGCUGCUGUAUCAUGUCUCAGCGGUCGGAAGAACUGAUGCUGAUGCUCCUGUGCAACAUGUUAGAGCUGUUCACAUUGCCUGCAUUCGCGGAUAUAAUUCCCGGGACAAUCCAGAAAAUGGCUAGCUAUCACGGAGAUGCCCAUGGUGUCUUUGACCGACACAAGCUGAUGAUCUUGAAAGCAUGGCUCGGGUUCAAACUUGCACUCCCCGAGUUUCCCCACGCACUCUUUUUUGGCAAUUAUACAGAUUUCGUUCGUUCCGUGUACAGACCGGCUACGGCGUUGUAUCUGGCGUACGGGGGGACUGCGAUGAUUGAAAAGAUGGCAGACGUCUGGGGAAUGAGUGCCAGGGAGAUGGUCAGAGACUCUGCGUCGUUGGCUGUUGCUUUGGCGUGGACUUCAAAAGGAGUCAAGCAGCAGAUCCAACCAAGAAUCACAAAGUUUAUCAGCAAACAGGAACUGGAGGAACAAACGUGCUUAAUUCUCCGUGAGGUGUUGAAUGUAUGGAACCGCGGCUGGUCAGAACUCUCCGAGAACUACUACGAUUCCGUUGUUGCGGCCAAGCUCACAAACCCUAUGAUCUACUUCCAGUGCAUCGAGAUUCUGUCCGAGGAGAAACAGUACAGGUCACGCGCGCUGAAGAAGCUACUCGCGUUUUUCCCUGACAUUCUGGCGCAAAAGUCCAUAAGAGACUUGUAUGUUUUCCAUUUUUGCAACGAAGACGUGUGCUAUGCGGCUGAGAUCGCAGCAAUGGGCGAAAUGUCGGACGAAAUAUGGAUGGCCAUAUCUCAGGCCGCCUUGAAUGAAGGAAACAAAGAAACAACUAGCCGCGUGAUGGGGUACAGGUCGAAGUUUGUCGUUGGAGCGUGUUCCGCAUUCUUACUUGAAGCUGUAACCGGCUUGCUUUACGGCAGAAUUGUUCGUAUCAGAACCAAAGAUAUUGCCCGGCUUACUGAUAAUGGAUUGAAUGAGCGGUCAAUCGGUCUCCUCUCUGCAAUCUUUGACAAACUCACAAACUUUCCUGGGCUUGAAUUACCGAAACCCCAGGUGGCUCAAAAAUUAUUUGAGAUCCAAAGCUCCCAUGAACUGUCUCCCAAUUUUCGCCAAUGGAUUGGAAACUAUCUGGCAAUGACUUAUUUGAAACACGGAGACUGCAUCACUACGAGCUUUCAAGAACCAUACAUAGACGUUUUCCCGCUGGUUACAAAGAAAACCAUAGACCUCCAGCUUUUGAUCACAGAGCUUGAUCCUGGAGACUCACACAUGGCUACCAAGUUUUCCUAUUUGAAAAUGUGUGCUGUUCUGGAUUCUAUGAGGCUGAACUUGGAGUUCCCAACAGAGGUUUUCCCAAUGUCCAAGACUGUUUGGAGACUGUACGAAGACGUUCCAGAGGACUCGAUCGACCUUGAAAGACCAGAAUCGUUUGAUCCCGCAACGUUUGAACGCGAAGUUCUGAUGAAACUGGCUUCCGAGUCAACAGAUCCCGUUAGUGAGUAUCUACGGUCAUUCGUGUACCACGACCCGAGCCACUUUUGUCUGGUGAUUCUUUAUUUGAUUUCGACCGACGCUCAUAUAGUCAAGACGGUCAAAACGCUUCUGAGCAAUGUGUUCUCGGCAGACUGUGCGAUCCAGAUUCAUCAGAAGUUCACCGAACUGGUUCUUUUGCUCCGUGCGGGCGCAAUCCACGGCAACCGCACUCAUUUCCAAAUAUACACCGCUCUUGACACCAGCCGGGUGUACACCAUAGCCGCAAAAACCUCUCCAAAAGCAGCGCUCAUGCUAAUGGAGGAGUACUUUACAAAUCUCCAGGACUCCAGGUGCUGGAAAGAAAGCCACCAGUGGUUGCACGGGGUCUACUCAGAAAUUGACGAGCCGGACUUGUUUUUCGGUCUGCCGCUCGAAACCAGUCUGGACUACGGGAUCGACAGACUGAAGCGGACUGGCAACACAGCAGGCCAGCUGAUGCUCGAGAGUGCCAAGCUGGAAACUUACGGAAGUGUCCAAAAUCUGGGCAAUACGCUGUUCGAGGCCGGGUUUUCUGCUCUGUCGAAAAACGUCUACCAGCAAGAAAACAAGUUUGACAACUACGAUCAGUUCUGGAAACUGGGCGAAUGGUCGCUUCCAGUUCCAGAGAUGAAGGACCAGGGAACGGCGAUGUACUCGCUGUUGAACGUUUACCAAAAAGACCGUUCGUACGAAAACAAGUUCCAGGAGCUGGUACAGAGCUACGAUCGGUUCUGCUCGAAUAAAAAGAGCCAUGAGUGGAUUAAGAGUCUAGCAAUGUUCUGCGCGACUCAGCAGAGAAGAAUCGAGCCCGAGGAAUGGCUUGCGGCUGCUCCAUUUGAGACUGUUGAGGACUUGCACUUGAUCCGAAUUGCGUCAGAGACAGGGAGAGCCAAAUUUGACGAUCUAAGCAUGUACGCAAAAAUGUGUCGACAGAAUGGGCGCUUCCAGAAAGCCGCGACGGCCGCGGUGACCCUGGACUCUCUGUACGAGAAGUUCGUUGCUGAUAUGGUGAAACCGAACGACGAAGCACUUGGACUUUUCUGUGUUGCCAAAUUCAACGUUGCUUGUGCAUUUUGGAGCCAGAACGAGCACCAGUUUGCGCUCGAGACGCUCAAAUCUACCAUCAGUGCCGGUGGAAGCAGCAGGUUCAUCAACCCGGGGCUUAUAAGGGCGUACAUGGUGAAAUGGCUAUUUGAGUCUCGUCAGGAAACUUCCUACGCGAUCAUGCAGCAGUACAUGGACCCUGCCGAAACGGUGAACUACAUUGACAACCAUGACCCCGAGCAGUACGAAAUGUAUCAUCUUUUUGCAGAGUUUUGCGACAACCAGCUUCGUGACGACCAGAGUUUCCAGCGCAUCAACAAGCUCAAAGCGAACGUGGCCGACAAAAAGGCCAUGCUCCGAGGCUGGGAGGACUACAUUUCAGACCGGCAUAACACAGAUACCGACCGGCACAAGGCCAAGAAGACGUACCAGCACAUCAAGUUGCAGUACCAGGCCGAGAAGAAAGAGCUGGAGAGUGCUACUCACCACGCAAACGUGUACUUGAAGCAAGCGGUCGAGUUUUACAUUCUCUCUGUGCGGUCGAGCGUGUCGACCGAGUCGAGGGAUAUCGAUCGGCUGUGUGGGCUGUGGCUGGAGAACCCGGACGUGGACAUCUCAGACAGCUUGUUGGAGAUCUCUUCGGACAAGUUCAUCCCGUGGUUGAACCAGCUCACUUCGCGGUUGACAGACACAGACGACCGGUUUGGUUCCAUGCUGCGCCAGCUGAUCCUCAAAAUCUGUCUGGACAAGCCGCUGCAUGUGCUGUAUCUGCUUAAAUUCAUGGUGAACGGCACCACCGAAAUGAACAAGCUGUUUAUCCGGUUUCGCAGCCAGGUAGCAAGCGAGAUCCUGGACCAGUUUGGGGCCAUGUCGCGCAAGCAUGCUGUCAUGGUGAGCGCAGUUGACGAGAUUAGCACCAACUGUGUCGGUCUGGCCAAAGAGCGCGUCCGAGGCACCAAGAAUCUAUCGUUUAAAAAACUUGCAACAGGGUCCUGGUGGAUAGAGCGGUUCCCGCAGCUCCAGCUGCCGCCGCCGAGUCUCACGCUGACCAAGGAAGCUGUACAUGUUGCUCGCGUGGACCCUGCCGUGUCAAUCGCGUCGUCCGGAGUCAGCCAGCCCAAGAUCGUGAAAAUGGUGCUUUCAAACGGAGAAACCCAUAAGAUGAUCGUCAAGGGCGGGUCCGACGACCUUCGCCAGGACGCGAUCAUGCAGCAGGUGUUUGAGAAAGUGAACGUGCUGCUUCAGGAAAACAGCGACGCCCGGCGCCGGCGGCUACGAGUGCGCACCUACAAAAUUGUUCCGCUGGAGUCGCAGGCCGGAGUGUUGGAGUACGUUUCGAACUCUGUUGCUCUGAACGACAUUCUUCGGCCGCUGCACGAGCACGACGGCGUGAGCGUGGAGCUGGCGCGCGGGGAAAUGAAGGAAGUGCAGUCGAGCAGCUUAUCGCGCCGGGUUGCUGUGUACCACAAAUUGUGCCACCAAAUACGGCCAAUUUUCCGCAACUUUUUCUUCAACAACUACGUGGCGCCGCAGGACUGGUUCCAGUCGCGGCUCAUCUACAGCCACGGCCUGGCCACGACGAGCAUGGUGGGCCACGUGCUGGGCAUUGGCGACCGCCAUUGCAACAACAUCCUGGUAGACAAAUCAACGGGGGAGCCAAUCCACAUCGAUUUUGGGGUCGCAUUCGACCAAGGCAAAGUAUUACCAGUUCCGGAAAGUGUCCCGUUCCGGCUAACACGAGAUCUCGUAGACGGACUAGGAAUAUGCGGGACCGAGGGUGUUUUUAGCCGAAGCUGUGAAAAUGUUUUCUCCGUGCUGCGCAGCAACAGUGUUUACAUUAUCGACAUUUUGGAGGUUUUGCGGUACGACCCUCUUUAUUCGUGGACGCUUUCGCCGGUGAGGAGAAGGCGGCUGCAGGAGGACUGGGACGGCGAGGUGGAGACACCCAGGUCGCAAAAGCCAGAUACUGAGGCCGUGAUGGCGAUCGAGAGCGUGCGCAACAAGCUGGGCGCGCGGCAGCUUAGCGAGCAGGCCGUUGUGAAGGAGCUGGUUCGGACAGCGACAAGCGAACAGAAUCUCGCAGUCAUGUAUCUCGGCUGGUCCCCAUUUCUAUAG